CAGUAAACAACAGAAGUUCUCAAAAAGUUGUUUUUAAGAAAAAUUCACAGAAACUAUGGAAGUUACAAAAGAAAAUUUACCUGAAAAUGAUGCAAAAGCCGAUAUUUCAUCACAAGAAGAUGAACCAUGUCUCGUUUGUAACAUGACCGAAGUCGAUGACAUCCUUUAUGGUCCAUUUAUGUCUCAAGACGGCAUUCGAUGUCACUAUUUCUGUCUCCUUUUCUUCUUUGGGCUUGCCCAAACUGGUUGUGAAGUCAAAGACAUGGCUGGAUUUGUCGUCUCUGACAUUGAAGAUGCAGUUCGUGACCUAAAAACCAAAAAAUUCAAAUGUUUUUAUUGCGGAAAGCCGGAUCCCGCUGCCGUUUGUUGUAAAAAAGUUUGUCGAAAACGAUAUCAUUUGCCGUGUGCCAUGAAAAAUCACUGUUUGACGAGAUUUUUCGGAAGUUUCGACACAUUUUGUCACUUUCAUGCCCGAGAAAAGAUCAAACACAAGGAAAAACCGGCAAACGAUCAAAUUUGUGAGAUUUGUUUUGAAGAUUUGGGUCCUUAUGAUCCCGUGGGGUGCUUCCAACCGCCUUGCUGCGUGGAUUUGGUGAAGAAAAAGGAAAAUGGGAAGAGUUAUUGGAUGCAUUAUCGCUGUGUGAUGACCGGAACUCGAACUUUGGGCUAUUAUUUCAACUGUUUCGCCUACAGUUGUGCGAAAAAAACGUCAGAAACGAAGCAAGGAUACUUGAAUUGCGGAAUUUUCCUGCCGAAACGCGAUGCUUUGUACGAAGACGGCGUUCAUUACCACAAUUUGGAUCGUCCUGUGACCGGAGAAGCUUAUCUUCACACAACUUAUGACAAAGAUGCGACUUUAUUGCAACGAACUUUCGUAUCGAACGACGAAGAAGCCAUCGAAUGCAAUUACGGCGAACGUUGUAUCGGCAGAAAACUCGGAAAAAUCGACGUAAUUGCGUGUCACAUGGAAAAUUGCGAGAAUUUCGUGCAUGUGAAGUGCAAUCGGUACUUUUGCGAUUACAAGUCGAACGAAGAGGCGCGUUCGAAUAAUUUUUUCUGCAAAGAUUGCUUGACGAACAGUUGUUUGGGACUGAUUUGAAGCCAUUUAAGACUUAAAAAUUCAAAAAGAUCUCAUUUUCGUACUAAAUUUGUUGUUUUUUAAAAU